AUAGCUACUGGUAUCUUGAAUCCCUGCACAAUCAAUCAAAUAAAACGAUAUACAAAUUCACAAACAACUACUAAACUGACGAGAAUUAGUGUAUUUUAGUGGCAAGACUACUACUCGUUAAACAAAACCAAAUGCUUGGAACCGUACCGAAACAACAAGAAGCGAGCUCAAAGAAAUUGGACCUUGGAAUGUUGCGGUCAACAUGAAGGCUACGUUACUUUGUUCUGUGUUUAAAAGCUUGUGCAACAACUUUAAAUAUAUGUUCUAAUUCAUUUCAAUAAUGGCAUCACCAACAUUGAUACUCGAUAUGGGUGGUGGAUCACUGAAAAUUGGAUUUUCUACAGAUCCUCAUCCCAAAAUUAUCGAUAAUUCCAUUUUUAAGUCGAAAACGCUUGGUGGUCGUACAUUCGUUGGAAAUGAAAUAGAACAAUGCAAUAAUUUGUCGAGUUUAUUUUGUGUCAUGCCAUUCAAAAAAGGCUAUAUUAACAACUGGGAGGUUCAAUGUCAAAUUUUGGACACAACUCUUAAAAGCAUAGUUAAAACAAACUCUCAAAAUUCUUUAUCUGAUCAUAAUCUAAUUGUUACUGAGCCGUAUUUCAACUUUUCAUCAACUAAAGAAGCUAUGAAUGAAAUCUUUUUUGAAGAUUAUCAAGUGGCUGGUUUGAUCCGCACAAAUCCUGCAUUUUUAAGCGCUUACAAAUAUAGAAGUGAAUCAGCUCAACGUCUUUCAAGAUAUUGUAUAGUUAUUGACUCUGGAUACUCAUUUACGCACAUUGUGCCCAUGGCUGAUGGAUUUGUUAUGAAAGAUUUCGUCAUACGGCUAACAGUAGGUGGGAAAAUUCUUACAAAUCGUUUGAUUGAAGCUGUAUCCUAUAGACAUUUGGAUGUUCGAAGUGAGAUAUAUAUAAUGAAUCAGUGCAAAGAAGAUGUAUGUUAUGUAUCCACUGACUUUUGGCAAGAUAUGAAGAUUUCUCGAUCGAACCAAAAAUCAAAUAGCAUUUUAAGAGAAUAUGUACUACCAAACUAUGUCGAUGUACACCGUGGAUAUGUUCGUGAUCCGAAUGCGGUGGCUUCUGAAAAUAGUGGUAACGAUAAAUCAGAACAACGAGUUUCCAAUCUGUCACAGCAAGGAUAUGUAUUGCGUUUGAAUAAUGAGCGUUUUACAGUUCCUGAACUGAUUUUCCAUCCAUCUGAUGUGGGCUAUCAAGAAAUGGGGCUUACAGAAGCUAUCCAUUACUUAAUGAGUGAACGAUUACCGGCUGCAGUAAGACCAGGAGCUUGGGCAAAUUUUAUGGUUAUGGGUGGUAAUGCAUGUUUUCCAGGAUUUGCUGAACGAUUACAAAGAGAUAUUCGUACUCAAGCACCUGAUGAUCUUCCAGUAAAUGUCUUUAAACCCCCUAAGUAAGUUGUAUUUUUCUUCUACUAACUCUCAUUUUUAAGAUAAAUUCUAAAAGCUGCUUUUUGAUUGUAUCAAAGACUAUGACAUGUUAUUUGGAGUGUUUUCUUCGAGUGGUAUUCGUUGAGAAUUUAUAGUCUUCCUUUUUAUUGGACUUCUCAGAAGACAUACUUUUGAAAGAAAUACCUGUUUCCUCCAACUUACUAUAGAUCCAUCACUUUCUAAGAAAUCUAAUCAACAUCAACAACAAGGAAUUAAUCUUGUUGAGUGAAGAUGCUGAUAAAGGGUGUUUCAUUUGCUUUCGGAGACUUCGUCACUUAUGUCCUCAAACCUACGCUUGGGAAGGUGGUGUUUUGUUUUGUCAAAAUUCAGAUUCAUUCAAUCAUUUCUUAGUUACGCGCAAAGAAUAUGAAGAGCAAGGAUCUAGUUAUUGUGAAAAACGAUUCCCUAUUUCUUGAAUUUCUAUUAAUAUUUAUGCUUUUGUACAAUGAGACAAAGAAUAUGUAUAAAUUUAUUCAAUAUAUAUAGGAAUAAUAAUGGUAACAACA